AUCAAAAACCUUAUCAUCAAAACCUUUGUAAUAUUUUGGAACGAAAACCAUUGUAAUAUUUGUCUGCUACUUGCUUCUCUCAAUCCUUUGUAUCCAUCUCAUCAACUUGCUUCUCUGUACCAUAACCAUAAUCAGGAUAAGCAAUGUCGUCAUCUUCAUCUGAUGAAAAUGAUGAAAUCGAGGAGAGAUUGGAUGAUAUUAUCGAAGAUUUCAUUGACGAAAUUUACGACGAUAUAGUGGAGGCCGAACCCAUACCGCAAAGAACCCGUAGCUAUACUGAACGACACCGCGAAGGAGGACAGCACCAGCUAAGCAAUGACUACUUCAACGACGACCAUUCGACAUAUUCGAUACAAACUUUCAGACGCCGAUUCCGCAUGAAUAAGGGAUUAUUCAUGCGUAUUGUCGAUGGCCUUGAACAAUUCUUUCCAUUCUUUCAGCAAAGAAAAGAUGCAACGGGGAGGUGGGGUCUUACUGCACUACAAAAAUGCACGGCAGCAAUUCGUCUACUUGCUUAUGGAAAUUCGGCUGACACGGUUGACGAAUAUCUCCGACUUGGUGAGAGCACUGCACUUUCUUGUUUACAUCAUUUCACUGAUGGGAUAAUACAGUUAUUCGGAGAUGAGUAUCUGCGACCACCCACAGCAGAGGAUCUUCAACGACUACUCGAUAUGGGAGAGAAACGAGGGUUUCCUGGGAUGGUCGGGAGCAUUGACUGUAUGCACUGGGAGUGGAAAAAUUGUCCAACCGCUUGGAAAGGACAGUACGCCCGUGGCCACGGAAAACCGACUAUUGUUCUAGAGGCCGUAGCUUCACAAGAUCUUUGGAUUUGGCACGCAUUUUUUGGUCUUCCAGGUACCUUAAAUGAUCUUAAUGUCCUCGAUCGAUCUCCUGUGUUUGAUGACCUUUUAGAAGGUCGAGCUCCCAGUGUGAGGUACAUGGUCAACAACCACAUGUAUAAGUUGGCAUAUUACCUCACAGAUGGUAUAUAUCCAAAAUGGUCAACAUUUAUCCAAACUAUCGCACUCCCUCAAAGUCCUAAACAACAGUUAUUUGCUCAAGUUCAAGAAUCAGUCCGAAAAGAUGUCGAACGGGCUUUUGGAGUAUUGCAAGCUCGGUUUGCGAUUGUGAAAAACCCGGUUCGUACAAUGGCCAAAGAGAAGAUAGGGAAGAUAAUGAGAGCAUGUAUCAUACUACACAAUAUGAUAGUUGAAGAUGAACGAGAUGGUUAUUCAAUGCGGUACGAUAUUUCAGAAUUUGAAGAAGGAGAAUCUUCCAAAACUUCGGAGGUCCUAAACGCAAACCCUACACUAAACGAAAUCCCGACAAUUCUCAAUAAUAUAUUUCCCAACCGAAAUGAUCUUCGUGAUAGGCAAACUCAUGAACGAUUGAAGAAUGAUUUGAUCGAAAACAUUUGGAAUAAAUUUGGCGAUGAAGAUUAAUAAUUAGUAUCUUUAUAUUUAAACCUUGUAUCUUUUAAUCCUUGUAUCUUUAAAUUCAAUCCUUGUACCUUUUAUUUUAAUUAUGCAAUUAAUAAAUUUUCAAUUUCAAUUUUUUUUAAAAAAAAUAAUAAUAUUUUAAUG